AUGACGACCAUCAGCCUCUUGUUUACAGGAAAACUAUUGGACCAGGUCUCGCGGUGGCGAGCAAUGCGCGAAGUCGACCAACUCAUAAUGAUCAUACCCGUCGUUCUAAAUUUAAAAGGAAACCUCGAGAUGAACCUAUCCGCGCGCCUCGGCACAGCAGCCAACAUCGGCGAACUCGACGACCCUUUGGUCCGUCGUUCCAUGAUCGUCGGCAACCUCUCGCUGUUGCAGGUCCAAGCUAUAUCCGUAUCCUUCAUUGCAUCAUGCACGGCUCUCGUUCUUGGGAGAUUCGUACCGCAAAAUAGUCCCAUGCCUGUUAAGGGCUCUCCUGCGAUUAAAAACUCGACGGCGACGGCUCGAGAUAUCCACAACUAUACCACCAUAGAUUUUAGACAUGCCAUUACUUUACCUUCCACGGGAACAAUACGGAAAUCUGGAUUUCCAAGACUAAUUAUGGUUGCUUCCACCGCUAUGUUCGGUGCCUGCCUCUCAGGCCUCAUCCUCGGGUCAUUCAUGUGCACCCUUAUCGUCCUCUGCCGGAAAUUCCACCGCGAUCCAGAUAACAUCGCACCACCUGUCGCCUCCUGCCUAGGCGAUAUAAUAAUCCUCAUCCUCACCGGCGUACAAUCCAACCUCCUCGUUCUCCUCUUACGCACCCCCAUCCACUUCAUCCUCGGCCUAUUCGUCGUCGGUGGCGUGCUUUGUGUUCACACUGCGGAACACACACGUCCGGCCUCUCCUAACACAGGGAUACACAUCCCUAUGAUUGCACGCUGGGACGGGCAUCGUAUUACUGGACAUAACAGGAUUACUGCAUCCAUAUUCAUCUCGAGGCUUUCUUCGUCCCUCCACGCAACUGCCGUUGCGCUCUCCCAUCCUUCUGCGUCAGCGAAGGUGAGGAAAUAUCACGGGCCCAGUCCGGGGUUGGUGAUGCUCCCGCUCAACUCACGCUGUUUUUCAUCACGCUGCCGUAGAAAUCAUAUUCCUUGGCGUACUUGA